ACACGGACUGUACGGCAUCACGGCUCGCCUUGGGCCGCGGCGUCCCUGCCGCUAAUUUCUUCACUUUUAGUCGCCCUCGACUUGAAUCGAUUAUUGCGCUUUUACUAAUCCUCUCGCUUGUUCGCAGUCGUCGUCGGUGGUGAGAGGGGAGGGGAGGGGGACGAUGUCGGCUCCAGAACGCGAGCUGCAGCGCGACAACGGUUCUGCACACAACUGGUACCCAGCCAUCCCACAGCCUGGCCCCUACAAUGCUUACCCCUACCAGUCCCAGCCUGCUCACGCGGUGGACACAAACGGCCUGGUAUUCCCUCCCACGUCCUACCACCACCACCACCAUCACCACCCUCCAACUUCCGCACAGCACCCCUACGGGCAUCACACCAUGCCACCACUGACGAGUGGGCAGCCACCAGGGAGCCGAGCUCCUGUGGUGGUGGGGCAGUCGCCCCUCCCGGGACACCUCGCCAGUGCCCCAAGAGGCCUUCCUCCUCCCAUGCAGCACCGGAUGGCGGCACCCAAUGUGCAGGCAGGGGAACCGUAUGGACCAAGAAAACCCUCACAGCCUUACCCGGCCAUGCCUACGUCUCACCAACGUUGUCCUCCUCCUCCUCAACUGGCGACCACACGUGGCCCACCCCUCGAGCCGAAUUGCUACCAGAAAGGGCCCGCCUCAAGCUAUGGCUAUCAGACGCAUGCUGGGUUCUUCCAGCAAGUCCCGAACGUGACGGCAACGACCCCGUACGCUUUGCCGCCCCGCCACCAAGCGGCAGCAACGGCGGCGCCCGCCCCACGGCCGCCGGCAGCAGCAGCAGCAGCUUCGGCGACCCUGCGACCCCCAAGCAGCAAUGCCGCUGCUCCUCAUCGCUCAGCGCUGGAAACUGCUGCUUCUGCCUCCGGAACGCAGCAGCAGCCGCAGCCGCCCAGGAGCGAGGCCGACAUGACCACGAGACAACAUCUGCUAGCAGCGAACUUCACCGCCGGCGCGCAUCCACCACGGUCGCACGCUGCACCAGGCGUGGUGCCACCGGCCGCGCUGAACGCGCCGGACGCGGAGUCCAUGGGGCCCGCUCACUCAGCCGAAGCGGCGUUUACGAGUCAUCAAACGCACCUGAGCGCCGGCUAUCCUACAGGGAUGAGAGCCGUCAGCUCAUCAUACUGUGACGGCUCCGGCACCGCUACACCUUUAUCCUCCUCAUCUGCAGCUGACGACGACUCAGAUUCAGACGCUUCCUGCAGCAGUGACCUUCAAGAGAACUGUGGCUAUGAUGCCCUGGAGGAUGGUGGCUAUUCUGACUUGGAUGCUACACACACCUGCCUCGAUCGCCCCCCAGUGUCCAGCACCCAAAGGAAUCCACCCCAAGAAUCCAGCCACACGAAGCUCAAUUGCCAGCAGUCUACCUACUCGAAUUCGCCUGCACACAUUGGAAGGCCCGCUCAACAGGGCGGUUACUCCGGGCUGAGCGAGCUGAGCACACGUAUGCAGGGUCUCGCGCUGCAGCGCUCUCCGCGCGACUCCUCGGGGAUGCCCUACGACGACACGCGACCCGUCGACCUGCUGCAGGAGCGCUUCGUGCUGCCGCCCACGCCGACGCCCGCCCCGAGGCCCCGCAUCCACACGCACCUCAGCAAGCGCAACUGCAGCCCCGAGGUUCUGCGGUCCACGCUCGUGAACCUGCCCCAGUCGCCGGCGCUGCUGGCCAAGGCCAAGCUUCCCCUGGGUCUGGUGCUGCAUCCCUUCAAAGAUCUCGCGCAGCUGCCGGUCAUCACAUCGAGCGUCAUCGUGCGAUGCCGCUCGUGCAGAACGUACAUCAACCCAUUCGUCGCGUUCAUCGAUCAGCGGCGAUGGCGGUGCAACAUCUGCUACAGGAUCAACGACGCUCCCGAGGAGUUCAUGUACAACCCGGUAACGCGCAGCUACGGGGAGCCGCAGAAACGGCCCGAAGUGCUAAACUCCACCGUCGAAUUCAUCGCUCCCUCUGAGUACAUGCUGCGGCCACCGCAGCCGGCCGUCUACCUGUUCCUCUUCGACGUAUCGUAUGGCGCCAUCGACUCGGGAUCUUCCAUGGUCUGCGAGUCUCUGCUUGAAAACCUGGACAGGCUGCCUGGAGAUUCCCGUACCAAGAUCGGCUUCGUCACUUUUGACAGCAGCGUUCACUUCUACCAGAUGCACGAGAGCCUCUCGCAGCCGCACAUGCUGGUCGUUCCCGACAUCGACGAUGUGUUCAUCCCAACAUCAGAACAUCUGCUUGUCAAUCUGCAGGACAAGAAGGAGCUGGUGCGGGAGCUGGUGCGAGCGCUGCCCGAGCGGUUCCGGCGCACGCACGAGACGCGCAGCGCACUGGGGCCCGCGCUGCAGGCCGCGCACAAGCUCGUGGCGCCGACGGGCGGGCGCGUCACCGUCUUCCAAACGCAGCUGCCCAACCUGGGCCACGGCGCCCUGCAGUCGCGCGAGGACCCCAACGUGCGCGCCAGCACCAAGAAUGUGCAGCACUUGCGACCUGGAACGGAUUUCUACAAGAAGCUGGCCCUGGACUGCUCCGGUCAUCAGAUUGCUGUGGACCUUUUCCUGCUCAGUGGACAGUAUGCAGACCUGGCUACCUUAGCGUGCGUCUCGAGGUACUCGUCGGGCACGGUGUACUUCUACCCGUCGUUCCACCGCGUGCACACGCCUGUGCAGGUGGAGCGGCUGGAGAAGGACCUGCAGCGGUACCUCACGCGCAAGAUCGGCUUCGAGGCCGUCAUGAGGAUACGCUGCAGCAAAGGGGUGUCUAUCCACACGUUCCACGGGAACUUCUUCGUGCGCUCCACCGACCUCCUGUCGCUGCCCAACGUGAACCCGGAUGCCGGCUUCGCCGUACAGAUGUCCAUCGACGAGACCCUGACGGACACGACGCUCUGCUCCUUCCAGGCCGCGCUGCUCUACACAUCCAGCAAAGGCGAUCGUCGAAUCCGGGUGCACACGCUGUGCCUGCCUGUAGUGAACACUCUGGCCGAGAUCUACCACGGAGCAGACGUGCAGGCCAUCACGGGCCUGCUCGCCACCAUGGCGGUGGAGCGGUCGGUGACGUCCAGCCUGCCCGACGCGCGAGACGCCCUGGUGAACGCCGUGGCCGACUCCCUGUCCGGCUUCCGCUCCACAGUCUCCAACCUGCAGCAGGGCGGCCUCGUCUCGCCGCGCUCGCUCAGCCUGCUGCCGCUCUACGUGCACGCCCUGCUCAAACACACGGCGUUCCGGCUCGGCACGAGCACGCGCCUGGACGAGCGGGUGUUCGCCAUGUGCCAGAUGAAGAGCCAGCCGCUCGUGCACCUCAUGCCUAUGAUCCACCCACACCUGUACCGCAUCGACAACCUCAUGCAGCAGGUGACCAUGAAUAUCAACGACAAGAGCGUCCCACAGCCUCCCAUCCUCCAGCUGUCGUCUGAGCACCUCAACACGGACGGGGCCUUCCUCCUGGACUGCGGCAGCGUGCUGUACAUUUGGGUCGGGAGGAACUGCAGCAACCGAUUCAUCAAGGACGUCCUUGGUUUUCCCAACUACAUCUCCAUUCCGAACACAAUGGUCGAUUUGCCCGAACUGGACAACACCACGUCGGAGAGAACGAGAGACUUCUUGUCGUGGAUUCGAGAGCCAAGGCCCUUCCAUUCCACGCAGCACAUCAUCAAGGACGACAGCACCAACAGGACGAUCUUCAUCGAGCAUCUUGUGGAGGACAGGUCUGAGUCUUCGAUGUCAUACUCCGAGUUCCUGCAGCACAUACAGCGACAGAUCUGCAAGUAGGGAAUGGAGUUUCGCUGGUGCUUAUGGAUCCUUGGUAUCAGCCUCAAGUGGAAAAGCAGAGAUGCUUUUUUUUGUCAGCUGGUUCUUAUUUGGGUGCAGUUUUUUGGAUUAGGUGUUCUGUCAGAGCUCAUGAAUGUUGAUGUGGAAUUAACUGGUUUAACGGCGAGAGAGGCCAGUGGACUUGUUGUGGUGCUGCCUUUUAAAAUGCAGGCCAGUCGUCGGCAAGGAAUGGCAGGACCAUUGUGGGGCUCUGCACAGUACGUUUCGGAGCACAGCUACACCAGAGAAACGGUCAAUGCAGGAAUGUGUGUGUCAUCAACGUGUCGAUACCCUAGAGUCCAGACUAAGAUAUUUUGAAAUAUAAAAAAGUAAUUUGCUGAAUGCGCCGUAUUACAUAUGCUCAGAUCAAUUAAGUGGUCUUAACCUUGAAUGCAUCCGACACAGUUAAUUCCAGAAUUGAUGAGAACAUUCGAAAAAUGUAUCCAAAAAUGUAUCCAAAAAUGUAUUAAAUUGUUUCGUAACAACUUGAAUUGCUUGGCACAGCCCAUUAGGCUCAUCGCUUUUUGGAUUGAGGUGCCAUGUGUUUUGGCCUUGGGGCCAAAUACGAUUUCAAAAGCUGAUUAAUGUUGUUUUUUGUUUGUCAAAUGGCUGUGUUUUUGAGGAUGAACGAAUCCCAUGCCUGAUUUACUUACAGAUGUGCACGUGUAUAAUUUAUACUCACUGUUUCUCAACCCUUUCUCACGUGCUGAGUGAAUUUUCCUCUCUAAAAAAAUAAAUCCACACCUGGCAUUUUUUUUACCGUUAGUUGCAAUUAGCUUCUGUUAUGAGACCAUCCUUGCUCUCACAAGGCCGAGCAGUCUUUUUGUUGAGGUCUUAUUUAUUGAUCAUAUCGCAACGUGAGCUAAUGCCAGAGGACGGCCUUCGUUUGCUUAGAGGACCCCCGCAACAUUUAAGAUAUUGAAUCGUACAGAAAUGUGAAAUGUUCGUCUCAUUUUUAUACCGUAUACUUUUUUCUAUGAGUUAGAAUAAGCUAUAAAGUACAUAAGGAAAUAGCCCUUGCUUUGCUGGAGAGCUCGACACCAAACGGAAAAUAACCUCCAGCAGUAAAAUGGAUUUAAAGAGACUGCAUGUCUCAAAUGUUCAUGAUUAUAACAUGGCAGCGCCAUUUGAUGAAGUGUUUCAGUAGGUUCCAGAAAAAAGUCUUCAUGUGCGGUAGAAUCGUGUGCUUGUUCUCAACCUAAACAGGGAGUGUGAAUAAUGAUACAAGUCGAUUUAACUUUUUUCCCACCUAAGGAGAUUCGAUUGUCCUAACGAGACUAAACUUGAUUUGAAGCUUGCGUGACUGCAGGAAUUACUCUUUGGUUCUUUCGGUAAAGUCACUUGGAAAUAAAAUAAAAUAAAUAAUAGAGUACGACGUUUCGGUGGCAACACAAGCAACCGUCAUCAGGUAGAACUACAAUUGAGAGAGAGACACAACACAGACACAUAGAGACACACAACAUAGACACACAGACAUCUCUGUGUCUAUGUUGUGUGUCUUUCUGUGUGAGACGUCUCUGCGUGUCUAUGUUGUGUGUGUCUGUGUCUGUGUUGUCUCUCUCUGCUUGUGUCUGUCUGUGUGUCUCCGUGUCUGUGUUUUGUCUCUCUCUCAAAUUUAGUUCUACCUGAUGACGGUUGCUUGUGUUGCAAUUGAAACGUCCUACUCUAUUAUUUAAUUUAUUUUCUUUCUACGCGACUUUACCGAAAGAACCAAAGAGCCGAACGAGACUAGUUGAUACAAAUUUCCUCCAGCUGAAUGGACAGCUCAAUGGCAAAAGAUGGAUUUUUUUGCACGACAGUGCUAAGUUUGGAGAAAACUAUGAAACUUAUGGUUGUGAUUUAUGGCAACAGAGGCAAUCGCAGACGGUAUAAUUACAAUUCAGCUGUCGUGUUAAACCGUGGCUUAAGCGUGAGCGCAUAAAAUGAGGGCACUAAUCCUUCAAAGACGACACCACUUGAAUUGAAUUAUAAACACUACUUAAAACAAGAAUGAAGUAUUUUUUUUUACAAGAUGCACAUAUCUCUUCAGAGUGGGCUGUACCUAUCGAAGCGGCUAUUUCUAUUUCAUGGAACAAUUCUCAUAUGGUAUUUGUAGCACGUUUAAAAACAAAAAAAACACUGCACUUUCUUUAAUAACCCUGAAAUGGUGUACACAAGCAAUGCUUUUGUUUCUCAUGUGAUCUUCGUUAAGUGGCUCCACAUGACAUUCGAAGCUUUGUUUCCUCUAGAUGGCAUGCAUGGACUUAACUCUGGGCCCAGGUGCACGUGUCUACUAAGCCUAGUGAACGUGACUGACCAAAAUGCCAUGCUGUGGCUGCAUUUGCUCAUCAGAAAAUAUUAGGGGGGAAAACCAGGAGGGUUUAUUUAUAUUGAUCAGGUUUUCCCUGGUGACACGUUCCGUGGGUACAUAUUUUCUACACGUGCAGCCCAUUUUGUUAACCUGCUGCCAGAAAGGGCCUCCCCACCACGCACACCUUGAUGGCCCUGAAGGAUAUUGGUCCAUUCUUCACCACGCCGGUCAGUGCGAGUUUGUGCACUGCGGUUGCCCAUCCAAGCGCUAUCCAGGCUUAAAGCUUGCUUAGCUUCCCAAGUCUGGUGUAAUCAGGCGCAUUGUGGGCGAUUUCAUCACACAGGUGGCGCCUAUAUCUUGGGAGACAAAAAUAGGGCGAGGCUGCGAUUGGCGACGUCGGUGUGGACUAUCGUGUAAAUGUAACACAUUUGCCCAAAAAAGAACAUCAACCUGUGGGCAUAUCCCAACCCAUUGUCCCAAUGCUUUAAGCAUUCUUAAAAUAAAGCACAAACCUGCCAGUGUUUUCACGUUGUGGGGCCACCUCCGAGAAAACCACAGGCCCCGCCAAAAAAGUUCAUGAACAGUGGCAUAUCCUCACAUUGUCAUUCGUAGUGUGUGAGCAGUACCUCUUAAUAUUAAAUUGCAGAAGGAUGGCUUUUGCUAUGGGGCUCGAAUGCUUGACUGCAGGGGGGGAGGGAGUGAGACAUUUUUAACUUGAAGGAUGCUUUUGUGAUAUUCUCUCCGAGUGUAGUCCUUAUAAUCCACAGCCGUUCAUUGCUUUUGCCGACUGAUGGAAUACAAAUACUUGAUGUUUAGCAUUUCGUUAUACAGUAUACUGAAGCUUGACCAGCAGGGCAAAUACAUUAUAAUUAUAUUCAUCAAGUUCAGCGUUUCAUGUUUAUGUCUGUGUGUUUAUGCUUGUUGUCACAUUUAGAUGUUCAGUAUUUGAGUGUACUUGCAGUAUAUAAGGUAAAUGUUUUUUCCUUACUCUUGCAGGCAUAGCAAGCAGGGCUUGGCAUUGCACCUAAAGGGGCGUUAAACGGGCAGUUGUGGGGCGCACAAGACUAAUGUAACUGUGCCGGAGAUAAAUCGCUCAGAACGUCUGUGGUUCAGGGUUCAAGCCCUGGUUUUGGUAAGUUAAUCAAAAGAAACAGAGUCCAGACAUGUGUUUUUUUACACACGUUGCAUUUUAUUCUCUCAGAACCGUCAGAAACUUAACGAGUUCUGAGUAUAUUGUCACAAGUGGUUGAACUCGAUUUAUCGCAGCUCAAGUCCCCGAGAGCAAAAAAGUUACUUGAGUGUGGAAUUCUGUUCUAUUUAUAAGGGAAAGGCGUUCCUUGCAUAAGUGCGUAUUUUUGAUCAGUUUGAAAAUAACUUUUAAAAAAGUCACUAUCACUUAUACAAAACAAUUGGACCAACAGUGUUCCUUCCGUUCAUAAUUGUUACAGCAAAUGCUGUUCGUGAUUGGCAUCUGCUGUAGUAGCUUUAAAAUAACUGGCUCAAAACGCCAACGAGCAUGUAUGCUUGCUGGGUCUUACAUUUUUAACAGCUUGUGGUUUAUUGGACCAUCUUUUAAAAUGCAGUCUAAAACUUUUGCUUUAAAAUAGAUUUGUUAUUGUAAGUUAAACAAGCAAAAAAACAAUGAAAAUAAUCCCACACAAAACACUCUUGCAGUAGAUAUGUGGGAAAAGAGUUGUGAUAAAAACCAAAAAUGGGAAUUAACGAUCAUGGAACUCGUAAUGUGACCACUUUUUUAAUCCCUAUUUUCAGUUGCAUUCAAAGAAAAGCUGACAACUCGGCGCUUAAUCACCGGUAAGAAUAAGCUUAAACAACGUGCGGGAAAGCUGAUCAGCUCGUACUUAUUUAAACGAAUUUGGUCCCUCCGUGUUACCCGAGCCGGCUUUUUUUUGCACAACUUUUGUGCAGUUUACAUCGAACCUUGAGUUUAAGUGCCGCGUGCGACGCAACGAUUCUCACACCACAGCGAUCGGUCACCCCCCUCCGCCUCAAGCGCAGCCCUUCCAUCGCUGCCAGGAUGCACACUGCACACGUGCGGAGGUGAUGUGAGACACGCGCCUGGAGUGGUAGCGAUGGGAGCUUGGCUCAGGUGGUGGGGAACACGGUGCUCGCGGUUUGUGAACUACUGACCCAAGGUAACUUGUAGCAUAGUGUAACUAAGAGUGAAGGCUCACCGCGUCCUGUAUUUUACUAACGUGUCUAUUUACACUGGAGAUGUGAAGCGUUUUAUACAAAAAUUGUAUAGCGACAACCAGGUAACAUAUAUAACUUAUUUCCGUGUUUAAUCAAAAUAACAGCAGCCUGCUCUGUUAACUUGUUUCCUUUGAGCUUUCAAAUUAAGUGCAGAGUUUGAAUAGUUAGCAUUGGAAAGAUCGAUGGCAUUUGACAAUUGUUGAAAUAAAUAUUUUCUGGUCACGA